AUGCCGUAUACUCCACAAAGAAAUACAUUGGAGUUUGGGGGCUUAGAUGUCCUAAAGCAACUUGGGCUUUGUGGGAGCCUUGCAGGGCUGGCAUCUUCAGGCAGCAGGCUCAAUGGAGUCGCCCCCUGUAGGUCUGGAGUUCUCCUCACGGCACAGACGCAGGUCCAGGCUCCUGUGAACACUGUUUUCCCCGCGCCUUUCAAUCUCAGCAAUCUCUCACUGGUCUUCACACUCUCGGUUCAUCGCAUCAACAGCGCAUUUAUUUUCUCUAUUUUGUCUAAGGAAAGGAAAAUGCAACUUGGAGUUCAUCUUAAUCCUGGAGGGCUUUCUGUCCAUGUGGGGCAAAGAAGUUUGGUUAGUUUUGACUAUGAUGUUUAUGAUGGCCAGUGGCAUAAUAUAGCUGUGAAUAUUGAAGGCCAGUUGGUGUCUUUGCUCACAUUUUGUGGAAAGAAAAACAUGUUUUUGAAACUUGAUUCUAAAAUAGUGGAGGCCAUGGAUCCAGAAGGUUUAUUUUUUUUGGGAGAUAAUAAGAAUGGUGCAUCACCAUUUGAGGGAGCUAUCUGUCAGUUUGACAUCUAUCCCUUUGCGAAGGCAGCACAAAACUAUUGUGAUCAUUUAAAUGAACAAUGUCAACAAACUGAUGCAUUUCAGCCUUUGUUUUCACCCCUACUCCCUGUUGAUACAAAAAGAACUAAGAUUUUAGCUGAGCCUUGCAGAGAUUAUACUUUUCAUAAACCCCAGCCUCAGACUACAACAUCGUUAAACAGUGCCAGCGGGCAGGAAGCCAAAGCCACGCCCCCUUGGCUCAACUCACCACCGGCUGCAGAUGACUCUCAAACACUUGAUGUGGAACCCACUCAAGUUUCUCUGUUAGUGGGACCACCAGGGCUGCGGGGAGAUCCUGGAUCCCCAGGUCUUCAAGGGUUUCCAGGGUUACCAGGAAAGCCAGGGAAAAGAGGAGCAGUUGGAGAGAAGGGAGACCCUGGACUGUCCCCCGGUCAGGCCUCCAAAGGACAAAAAGGAGAGCCUGGUAUUAUGCCCAUCCAUGGAAUACCUGGCACUGCUGGAAGAAAGGGUGAACGAGGAGAAGAAGGAAGUGAUGGCGCCAAAGGCUAUCCUGGAAGGCAGGGUUUACCUGGGCCUUUGGGGAAAACUGGACCAAAAGGAGUCCAAGGCCACAUUGGUAUUCCUGGUCAUUUUGGCUUUCCUGGUGAUGAAGGUGACAGAGGAAUUCCAGGAGUUCGUGGGCAGAAAGGGAACACGGGUCGGCCGGGGUUUCCUGGUGACAUUGGGAUAAGGGGACCUCCAGGCCCCGAUGGAAAUCCAGGUGAAAUGGGAGCUGAUGGUCCUCCUGGGAUCCCUGGUGUUAUUGGAGACCUUGGUUCUGUUGGCACGAUGGGACCACCAGGACAAGUGGGACUCAAGGGUGUACCAGGAAACCCAGGAGAGACAGGAAUGAAAGGUGAUAAGGGGGAUCUUGGCUUACCUGGAGAACCUGGAAAAAUUGGGUUUCAAGGUGAUAAGAUUAAACCGUAUUAUGUACUUCUACAGGGUGUUCUAGGCUCUCUGGGGCCAAAAGGUGAACCUGGAAAACCUGGACCACAGGGCAUACCUGGUGACAAAGGCCCUCCUGGUUUUCCUGGUGCGUCUGGACAAGAGGGAUUUCCUGGAGAUAUUGGGCCCUCAGGUCAAAAUGGUCCACAGGGACUCAAGGGCAUUAAAGGAACCAGAGGUUUACCAGGUCCAAAAGCAGUGCCUGGAUUUCAGGGUGAUGAUGGACCUGUUGGCCCUGUUGGACUUCCUGGACAGAUAGGCCGACCUGGAAGACAGGGAUUCGCUGGACUGACAGGACCAGAUGGACUCAAGGGUGACUGUGGCAGAACUGGUGAACCUGGACAACUUGGCGAAAGGGGACCGGUAGGUCUUACUGGGCCUCAAGGGCUGACAGGUCUUUUGGGGGAAAAGGGUGAUCGGGGAGAAGUUGGUGCCUCAGGGCCACCAGGAGAACAGGGGUCAAUGGGUCAUGUGGGGCGUCUGGGGAACAUUGGUGAGCCUGGCCUGCAAGGAAACCCUGGGCCUCCUGGUUCUCGAGGAUGGAGAGGCAUCAAAGGACUCAAAGGUAUAAUGGGUCCAAUGGGACCUGAUGGACAAGUGGGAAUAAAAGGAUUUAUGGGUGAAAAGGGCUUUAGUGGUCCACCAGGAAAAUGUGGCCUCCCUGGGGAAAUGGGCAAGCUUGGAGAGCCUGGUGAAAGUGGACCUAAGGGAUAUCCUGGCAUUCCUGGACCUUCUGGAUCAGUGGGAGAAAGAGGAAUAACAGGAAACACAGGGGCAGUAGGACCACCAGGAACAGUGGGGCCUCUGGGGGAGAUGGGGCCGAGGGGGCAGCCAGGGAAGGUGGGAGAGAGAGGGAGAUCAGGGGAGCCUGGGGAAAAGGGUGACAUUGGUUCAGCGGGAUAUACAGGAGCUCAGGGUAUGACUGGUCACAGAGGUGAGCAGGGCCUUGAUGGAGAGAGUGGAUCAAAAGGACCAGAUGGCUUAAAAGGUGAAAAGGGCCAUUCUGGAUCAGAGGGUGUAAAAGGAGAGCGAGGUGAGACUGGACUCAAAGGGAAAGAGGGAAGCCCAGGGCCUCUGGGAUUGGUCGGUGUGAGGGGUCAGGAGGGGAAACCUGGCACAAUUGGAGAGAGGGGAAAAACAGGAGUGAAGGGAUGCCAAGGUUACCAAGGUCAACUGGGUGAGACUGGACAGUCUGGGGAGAAGGGGCAAAGGGGGAUUCUUGGACAGAAGGGGAGCAGAGGAACCACAGGGCCAAUGGGUCCAGUAGGGUUGAGUGGAAAAGUAGGCGAUAUGGGCAUACAAGGAUUGGGAGGUCGUAUGGGACCAGAGGGCCCAAUGGGACCUCGUGGGCCAAAAGGUGAAAAGGGUGAACAAGGAGAGGACUGUACAGUUGAAGGCCCGGCUGGUACUCCGGGUGUCAGAGGCUCUGUUGGAGACAGGGGAGAACGAGGGGCAUCUGGUGAUAAUGGAUAUGCUGGCCAAAUAGGUGUAGAGGGAGAAAAAGGAGUCAUUGGACCUCCAGGGAAUCCUGGCAACCCAGGGCCAAAAGGACAACAAGGAAUAAAAGGACAAAAAGGUGAUCAAGGUCAGAAACGAAACAAUGGAAUGAGAGGAGCACCUGGACUCAAAGGUCAACAAGGUCCAGGUGGGCUGCCUGGUCCACUGGGUGUUGUGGGCAGUGAAGGACCUGAAGGUUCACCAGGAGAAGAAGGACUUCCAGGAAAAAGUGGAGGAAGAGGUAUAAAGGGGGAGCCAGGAGAUGAUGGGGAGGUGGGAUUGCCAGGUCACCCUGGAAACCAAGGUAAAGAUGGUUCAAUAGGACCUUCUGGAAUACAAGGCUCCACUGGACCAAAGGGAGAAAGAGGUCUCCGUGGCCAAUUUGGGGGCAUAGGAAAGAGAGGUUCUGUUGGAGGAGUGGGAUCACCUGGAAAACAAGGUGCAAAAGGAGCAAAUGGACAACCUGGGGAUAUCGGGGAGCAAGGGUAUCCGGGUAUCCUUGGUUUCUUUGGACCAAAGGGACCCCAAGGAGACAUCGGUCCAAAAGGUAUACACGGACCAAAGGGACCCAGUGGGCUGAGGGGUAUGGUUGGAGCUGUUGGCCCUGUUGGCAUGACUGGCCUCAGCGGUCAGCCUGGACAUCAGGGCGACAAAGGAAGUCAAGGAGACAUGGGAUUACAAGGCCAAGUGGGAUCACCUGGACCUCAAGGACCUCCAGGACCACCGGGUCUGCCCAGUUCUGUCCUGUCAUUGAAAAACGAGGCUCUUGGUAUCACUUUAGAGAUGAUCAUGGACUCAUAUGCAUUUCUGAAAUAUGAGAACUAUCAUGGCAAGGAACGACCAGUGUUGGACCAGAGUACAGAGAUCCUCCAGACUCUGCAGCAUCUUAGCACUUUGAUUCAGAGUCUAAAGCAGCCAGUGGGAAACUAUGCCAACCCUGUAAGAAUAUGCAAAGACCUUUACAACUGUGAGCAAAAAAUGAAAGAUGGACGUUAUUGGAUUGACCCAAACCUUGGCUGUAACGCUGAUGCCAUUGAAGUUACGUGCAACUUUACUGCUGGAGGACAGACUUGUCUAAACCCCAUCACAAGGUCCAAGUUAGAGAUGAAUGUAGGUCAUAUCCAGAUGAAUUUUAUCCACCUCCUAAGUGCUGAGGCUGUGCAACACAUUAUCAUUCACUGCCUCAAUAUCUCUGUGUGGGGCACUGGACCCUCUCUGCAGCCUUCAAACCACUCUGUCAUUUUCACAACUUGGAAUGGACAAAGAAUUCAAGCUGGAGAUCAUCUGGAGCCUCUUGUACCCAGGGAUGACUGUGGGAUCAAGGAUGGCCUCUGGCACCAGACACACUUCAUUUUCAAAAUGGAUCCCAACUUGCUUCCAAUUGUUCAUGUGUUCAGUGCUGAAAUAGCAGAAGCCAGUGCUCUCUUUCACCUGGAGGUUGGGCCAGUGUGCUUUCUAUAGUGUGGAAAGUCACAGUGGAAGAUCACAAUGGGAAAAUCCUUUUAAAUUUACCUUGGACAAAAUAUGCUUGGACUGCUGAAAAAAACAUUCAGAGAUGGAGACUGGAACUGAUUAAUGGACAGUGUUUUGAAGACUGAAGCUCAAAAACAAAGCCAUACAUUUCUCCUUCAGAGCGAGGUUUCAUGUUUUCUGUUCCACUUUCCAGCAC